AUGGCCACGUCGGGUGCUGUUCAGGUGAAACUAGAACUCGGACAUCGUGCCCAGGUCAGAAAGAAACCCACCGUGGAAGGCUUUACGCACGACUGGAUGGUGUUUGUCCGAGGACCAGAGCACAGCAACAUUCAGCACUUUGUGGAAAAAGUCGUUUUUCACCUGCACGAAAGCUUCCCAAGACCAAAACGAGUGUGUAAGGAUCCACCCUAUAAAGUGGAGGAGUCUGGAUACGCAGGCUUCAUCUUGCCCAUUGAAGUUUACUUCAGAAAUAAGGAAGAACCUAAGAAAGUGCGCUUCGACUACGACCUGUUCCUACACCUGGACGGCCACCCGCCUGUCAAUCACCUGCGCUGCGAGAAGCUCACCUUCAACAACCCCACGGAGGAGUUCCGCAGGAAGCUGCUCAAAGCCGGCGGGGAACGGGAUCCUAACAAAAGAAGUUUGGAAGACUCUAAAGUGAUGGUAAUGCAGGAGGGCUCCACAUCUCUGUUCGGCCAGCAUCUCAAGCUGCCCACCCUCCCCAGCAGCUCCCUGACAUUGACAUUGUCUGAUGCGAAGAAGAGCAAGGCCUUCCCGGGGUCAAAAGACAGCUCCAAAGGAACUGGCGCCCUCCUCACCACCACCACUACUAACAGUAGCAGCUCAUCCAAGCUACACAAACCCUCAAAGGACCACAAAGACAAGCCUUCAAAAGAGACCAAAAGUGCCUUCCGAGACUGUGGCAGGGAACCCAGCAAAGCCUCCAAAGAUUUCUCCAAGAAACCCAAAGAGAACCAGCCUCUUCUUCGUGACAACCCCCCCAUCCCCAAGAUGGGCUUCAAGGAGCCAAAGGCCAUGUCCAAGGAGCACCGGCAGGACGGGGGCUACUUGCAUGGGGCCGGGUCUGGGGCGGGGACUAACAAGCGACUGUCUGUCACUGACUGCGAGGACCACAUGACCAAAAAGCGCAAGAAAAACUUAGCGGAAUUGUCACUAAAACCGUCAGGGGGCUCGUCCCUUUCGCACGCCCAGUCCCACCACUCAGAUAAGAAACUGCUGAAGGACAAAUCCCAGGUGCAGCCCGCUAAACUGCGGGUGGACGGCCGCGAGGUGCUGGGGGAGCGCAGAAAGGCGUUGACGCUGCCGCCGUUCCCAGAGCUGAUGGACGCUAACUACUCUGACAUGGAGGACAAUAUGUCCACCAAAUCAGAGGACGAUGAACCAGAGCUGCAGCAAACAGGCAAAAUUCAAUUACUCAACUCUAAAAGAUAUCGACUGGCUGAGGAAGACCUCGUCUGA